AUGGCGGAUACGGAGCCAAACCCACUGGAAAAAACAGAAGACGGAGAAACAGAAAAUGAAGAAGAAGAAGGAGGAGAAGAAGAAGAAUAUUAUCCAAGUUAUUAUACAGAGGAAGAAAAUAGGCAAGAGGAAUCAAAAGAAGAUGACCCAUUAGCAUGGAGAGACUCGCAGGAGGAGCAGGAGGAGGAGGAGGAGGAGGAAGGGGAGGAGGAGGAGACCAUCAGAGAAGGAACAGAGGAAGAGGCUGGAGCAGCACAGGAGGAGGUGGCUGCAGAGGUCCCGGAAGAAGCCGCAGUGAAGCCCCAAGAAAGCACCACGCCCGUGACCACUUUGGAGGGACUGACAUUGACUGAUGCCCAGUUGAUCACGUCAGGAACUCUCCCAGAAACCCAUAGUGACAGCAAGUGGGAGCAUUCAUUGCCAUCAGAAACUCCAGCAGAGCCUCUGGGUUGGGAAGUCCCCAGUUCUGAGGAUCGACUGACGGGUCCCCUUGAAAGGCAGCCCUCGGGCGAGCUUGGGGAGAAAAGCGACUGGAUCCCCCAAGAUGAACUGGGACAGGGAAGGAGAGAUUUGGAACCAGAAGUGGAGGAAAGGAGGCCGGAAGAAACACUAUCCUACUCCAUUGAGGAAGAAGAAAAAGAAUUCCAGCCUGAGGCCAGCAUCCCAAAGGUUUCACUGGUGGCCACCACCACCAAGGACAUUCUGUUUGAAAAGAGGGACACCGCCAACGUGUAUCCCCUGACCAUGACCUGGAAAUUCGGGUGGAACAGUUCUCUUCCCGUGUUCUACAUCCGAGACGAGAACCAGCGGGUCCUCCUGUACGCCAGCGCCCACACCGCGGUCAUCUACAGCGUCUCCAAGAACGACCAGCAUCAUCUUCAGGGCCACCCCAACGUGAUCUCCUGUCUCUGCGUCAGCGAGGACAGGCGGUGGAUCGCCACGGCCGACGAGGGGCCCAACUGCCUGAUCAUCAUCUGGGACUCCUUCACAGGGAUCCCCGUGCACACGAUAUUCGACAGCUGCCCCAAAGAUCACGGCAUCAGGGCCAUCGCCAUGACCCACGACGCCAAGUAUCUGGCCACCAUCUCCGCUGCUGAAAUCCAGAGAGUCUGCAUCUGGAGGUGGACUCUGGCGGCAGAAACGCCGGCGUGUUCUCUGGACCUUCCCGAAGAGUACGGUUUUCAGAACUACCUUACCUUUAAUCCAACAAACAAUAAAGAAUUGGUGAGCAACAGUAAGACACAAGUCAUAUAUUAUCUGUGGCAUGAAGAGAGAGAGACACUUAUUCACAGCGCCCCGCUUUUGACCGAAAAAACGUUCAACAAGCUGGUGGGGAAGUUCAGCCAGUCCGUGUUCCACCUGAACUCAACGCAGAUGCUCUCGGCCACCAUGGAGGGGAAGCUGGUCGUCUGGGACGUGUGCCGCCCGCCGCCCGCGGCCUCCGCCUCUCUGGGCCUCCCCUACAUCAAGCCUUGUAAACUGGUUCACGUGCAGAAGGAGGGGAUCACUGUGCUCACCACGGUCGACAGCUACAUCGUCACGGGGGACGUCAAGGGGAACAUCAAGUUCUACGACCACACCCUGUCCCUCGUCAGCUGGCAGAGCCACUUCAAGCUCAGCGCCAUCAGGUCCCUGUCCUUCUCCAAGACCCCGGCCACCCCGCCCACCGAAAAGUCCAACUACCCUACCAACUGCACGUUGAAAAGCGACCUCUUCGUCAUCAGGAACUUCAUCAUCGGGACGUCGGACGCGACCGUGUACCACUUGAAGGCGGACGAGACCAGGCUCGAGAAGCUGUUCACGGAGCCCAAGGGCGCCAUCUGCGCCAUCGCCUGCCACCCGUACCAGGCCCUGGUCGCCAUUGGGAGUUUCUGCGGGAUGAUCAAAGUGUGGGACUACGAGAAGAAGAUAUACCUUUUCAGCAGGGUCUUUGAGAAGGGGCUCGGGGUUCAGAGUCUGACCUACAACCCGGAAGGGGCCGUCCUGGGCGCCGGCUUCACAGAGGGGACGGUUUACAUCCUUGACGCGAUGUCCUUGCAAAACGAAACCCCAGAGCCUUUCAAAUACUCCAGAACCUGUGUGACCCACAUAAGCUUCUCCCACGACUCCAAGUACAUGGCAACCGCUGAUACAAAUUUCACUGUGGCCAUCUACAUGCGCAAGGUCAAAAAUGGGCACAGGGUCUGGGAGUACCUGGCGAGACUUCGCUCUCAUCGCAAAAGCAUCCGGAGCCUCCUGUUCGGGGUCCAUCUGGACAGCAACGAGCCCAGGCUGCUGAGCCUCGGCAGGGACCUGCUCUUGAUCGAGUAUAACCUUGUCAAGAGCUACAGAGACCACCUGGAAGUCCUGGACAUCCACAAAACCGACCAGGAAAACUACCCGACCUGCAUGAUCUGGUACCCGCCCCUCACCAAGGAGCGCUUCCUGCUCAUCUGCACCAGCGGCUACAAAGUGAAGCUUUUCAACGCCACCACCAAGAUGUGCAGGAAGACGCUGCUGGGGCCGGUCUUCGGCUCCCCCAUGGAGCAGAUACAGCUCAUCCCCGUGAGAAGGGCCAUCGAGCUGCAAAAGCGCCACUUGGUGUUCAUCAACAGAGACAAGGUCGGACUUCAGAUUUUGCCUGUUGACGGCAACCCGCACAAGACGUUUGCCAUUGUCUGCCACCCGAGCGGGGUGGCCGGACUGGCCCUGUCCUACGACGGUCGCCAUGCCUUCACGGCCGGAGGAUGGGACCGAUCAGUGGCACAGUGGGAGAUCAACCUCAGGGCCCUGGAGGCCGCCGUGUCCCUCGGCGGAGAAGACCUGACCCCGUUCUACAGUCUGGUGGCCGGAGGCCGGGAAGGGAAGUUCUACAGGGACCUGGAAGACUACUUUUACUACUCGCAGCUCCGCAGCCAGAGCAUCGACACGAUGGAGACCAGGGAGGUGUCGGAGCACAUCCGCCUGUCCGAGGUCCCCUUCGUCAUGAGGGCAGUCGGCUUCUACCCGUCGGAGGAGAAGAUCGAAGACAUCUUUAAUGAAAUCAGAUUCAGCGAGUACGUCGACUCCGGACGGAUGAUCGACAAAAUCAACUUGCCGAACUUCCUCAAAAUCUACCUGAACCACCGGCCGCCCUUCGGCAACACCAUGGACGCUGUGCGGAGGAGCUUCGACAUCCUGGGCCACACCAACUCCGAGGGCCAGAAGGUCAUCCGGAGAGAGGACUUCCUGAGGCUGCUCCUCACCAAAGGCGAGCACAUGACGGAGCAGGAGAUGUCGGACUGCUUCGCGGCGCUGCUGGGCCUGCAGCCCGAGGGCUGGAACUCGGAGCCCGCGGCCUCCAGCAGAGGUGCGGGGGCGGCGCAGCCCGGGCCGGCGGGUUGAUUUCUGCCGACGGGCACGUGAGCGGUGCCCGUGCCCGUGUCUUCUCUGUGCCUCUGGCCUUGCUUGUGCCUCCCGUGCGCUGACCGGUCCUUGUCUGUCCGGCUCGCGUGGGCGCGCGCUGGCCACGGGCGGCAAACGCAGCUCGGAAGCGGGUGCAGCGGAAGGGGCGUGUCCAGAGGGGCCGACCCGCGGCUGCCCGUCCUCCCAGCUUUCCAGCUUCCCACGCCCCCCUGUCUCUCCUUUCCCGAGGACCCCCCACCUCCCUCUGGUCCCCCGGAGGGAGGAAGUGGCCCCGAGGCCCGGGCGGCAACCUGAGCU